CCACCCAAGUUUGACAUCUCAGCAGAGGGUCUGGAACAACAAGCGAAAGUCCUGAUCAAGGACAUCGAGGAAGCGACUAUUCGCUUGAUAAGCUCUUGCACAGACAUCACCACCGCCGACUUCGAGUCAAUCAUCCAGCCCUUAGCUCACAUCGACAAUGAGAUCAAGGCACAAGUACGAUACUUGGCUCUAUUCCAAGCUAUUUCUCCCAGUCUAGAUAUCAGGGCGGCGUCUUCUACAGCAAUCAACCUUAUCGAUAAAAUCUAUCUAAGCUUAUUUCAGAAUGAGAAACUCUUCGCCUUGGUAAAUUAUGUACGAGAGAAACCGUCGAUGCGUGUCAGGGAUGAAGAGGACACUCGGCUACUUGACAAAUUCCACUGGAUUUUCUUGGAAAACGGGAUGUAUCUAGCCAGUGAGAGCCACGAUCGAUUUACCUGGAUUUCACGCCGCUUGAUUGACCUUCGCGUCCAGUUCAUGGAAAUCCUCGGCCAAGAUCCGGGAUGCCUUUGGAAGAGCGAAGAGGAGCUUGCCGGUGUGUCGUUGAAUCGUUUGUCGAUUGGAGUGAGUGAUGAUGGCCAUAAGCGCUUGUAUCAAGUCCCUCUCACCAGGCCAAUUACGACUCUUGUACUGUCGGAGUGCCAUAUUCCGGAAACUCGCAAGGAGAUAUACUUGCGUAGUCAUUCCCGAUACCAGGCUAAUGUAGAUAUAUUCCGCGAAAUCAUUGUUCUAAGAGACGAGGCCUCGCAUCUGUUGGGUUUCCCUUCCUUUGCGACCCGAAAGCUGCCGCAGCAGAUGCUGGGUUCACCUGGUCGUGUGAAUGAGUUCUUGCAGCAUCUGUCCAAUACUCUGGCGCCACUAGCAGAGAAUGAGAUUUUGAAGUUGCAAGAGCUGGUGAAUACCAGUGGUCCUAUCUAUCUUUGGGAUUUUGACUUCUGCCAUACGAAGAUGUUACAGGAACAGAACAAGGUGGAUCACAAAUAUAUCUCCCAGUGGUUUCCUGCCAAAGUUACUGUACAACGUAUGCUCGAAUUAUAUGCAGAACUCUUUGGCUUGAGGUUCGAGCAACUCGAAGUCUCGGGAAGCGCUUAUACUUGGCACCCAGAUGUAGAUGUGUUCUCCGUUUGGGAGGAAGAGGAUUCUACCCUGAUCGGAUAUCUUUAUAUUGAUAUCUUUCCUCGUGCAGGGAAAUACAACCAUGCCGCCAAUUUCAACAUUCAUCCUAGCUUUCUAGAUAUCGAUGGGACUCGGGCACCAGUCGUGACGGCCCUCGUCUGUAAUGUAUCUCAGGCUGAACCACCACUGAUGAGACACACCGAAGUCGUUAGUGUAUUUUAUGAGCUGGGACAUGGACUCCAUGACCUGGUGGGCAAAUCGAAAUACGCUAUGUUCCACGGGCAUCGAACAGUGCCUGACUUCACCGAAGCACCCAGUCAACUGCUUGAGUACUGGUGCUGGAUUCCAGAAUGUCUUCAAAGACUCAGUUGUCACUACUCCUACGUCUCCCAACACUAUCACACGCACUGGCUAAAUAGUCAGGAGAAUAAUGAUAGGGCACAGCCUCCCAUGGAAAUACCCUCGGCCCUGGCCCGAGAUCUUGGAGCCACGAAGCAGCUUAACCAAGGGAUACUAACUCUCCGACAAGUAGCGUUCAGCAAGUUUGACAUGCAGACCCAUCAUCCUACCUCGCAUCGCGAUAUUGAAACAUUGCAUAUUCCCGAAUUGUACAACUCGCUGCUGGAGAAUACAACCGGUCUGAGUGGACCUGGGAACGGCUUCGACUGGGGUCAUGCCUAUGCGACUACUUCGCAUUUUGUUUGGGGUCAGGAGGCGAGCUAUUAUUCAUAUCUCUAG